AUAUUCCCGCCAUUUUGACGAUUGAGCUCCAGCUUCGGCUUAGCUCUAACUUUGUAGUGCAGUUUGUUAUAACCUCUCGUUUUAUUUUGAGUUUAAAAGAUCUGUUUUAGUUAAAGCUUAAUCCACAUUAUCCUCUUCUGUGUUUGGUGUCAAGUAAGAUGGCUCAGAAAAGUAUAACGUCUUUUUUCAAACCAAAACCUCAGAAUCCAGACACAUCAAAGGUCAAAAAUUGUGAAGAGUCGCCAAAGAAAAACAUUUGUGAGGAAAAUGGAGUGAGCCGAAGUCCUUCACCUGCAAAAAGUGGAAAACGGAAAAGGAGACAAAUAAUCUACAGUGAUGACGAAGAAGAAAGUGGUGGAAGUCCUAUCACAGAAAAAUCUCCACCGAAAAAGAAAAUAAUCACCAAUGGUAACGUCGAUAAAAAAGACGUGUCAGAAGAAAGUGAAGACGACACCAAAGAAAAUGAGACUAGAUUUCCAAAAGAAGAAAGCAGUUGUUCUUCACAACAGAUAUCCACAUCACCUCUAAAAACACCAAAAAGAAUUACUGCUACAAGGAGUUUACCUGCUGGCAGCCCUUUGCACCCAAACAUAAUAAAAGUUUUAGAUGAGCAAAGAAAUAAAAAUAAGCUAGAAGGUGAAAAAAGUGGUGAUUCUUCUGGUGAUGAAGAUUUUAAACAGCUGCCCAAUGAUUCAGAAUCUGAUUCGCCGAUGGAAGAGGCCGAAGUGAUUGAACCUGCAAAAGACAUACCUGUAAAAAAAUCUAAAGCUAGUACAAAAAGUGAAAUAAAAGACAAAAAAAGUACUCCGAAAGGAGCAACAAAAAAGAAAACCUCUCCAAAGUCAAAGCUUAGCCAGUUUAAAAAACAACCAAGUAAGAGUGCCAAGGAAACAUCUGAAGUAAAAAAAUCUGAUGAGAUAAAGACGGAGGAAAAAUCAGAUCAAGUUGAGAAAGAAGACAAUGGCUGUACGGAAGAAAAAUCACCAAAAGAGGAAUCAGAAAAGGUUCCUUCACCUAAGAAGAAGCAGAUUCACAGUUUCUUUGGAGUGAAGAAGGAUAAAGACGGCAAGCCUAGUGCGCCUCCGGCGGACCCUGGAGCAAGUUACGACCCAUCCAAGAGCAAAUACCAUCCCAUUGAAGAUGCUUUCUGGAAGCACGGAGAAAAGGUCCCUUACCUGGCGUUGGCUCGCACGCUGGAGGAGGUCGAGGGUGUGAAGGCAAGGCUGAAGAUGAUUGAGAUACUGUCCAACUACCUUCGCUCUGUGGUGGUGCUGAGUCCAGACGAUCUGCUACCCUCCGUCUACCUGUGUCUGAACAAGCUGGCUCCGGCGUACCACAGUCUGGAGCUGGGCGUGGCAGACACCACGCUGUACAAGACGAUAGCCCAGACCACCGGGCGGUCUGUUGCGCAGAUCAAGUCGGACGUAGCGGCUGCAGGAGAUGUGGGCAUUGUGGCGGAACAGAGCAAGUCUACGCAGCGUGUCAUGUUCAAGCCGGCUCCACUCACUGUGCGCGGUGUCUUUGACAAGCUCAAAGAGAUAGCGCAGAUGUCCGGUCAGGCUUCAAUGGGCAAGAAAGUAGACAAAAUCCAGUCGAUGUUUGUGGCGUGCCGCUUUUCCGAGGCCCGUUUCCUGAUGCGGUCUCUGGCCGGUAAACUCCGUAUUGGACUGGCAGAACAAUCUGUCUUGCAGGCCAUCGCACUAGCCUGUGUGACUACGCCGCCGUGUCAAGGCUUUCCUCCGGAGAAGAUUAACGUUGCCAGCACAAUGUCAGCCGAAGCCUUCAAGUCUCGACUGGAUGAAGAGGCCCUUAUCAUCAAGACCACUUACUGUGAGUGCCCCAACUAUGACAUGAUCAUCCCUGUGAUCCUGCGUGAGGGGGUGAAGGCACUUCCCCAGCAUUGUCGUCUGACUCCAGGGAUACCACUCAAACCCAUGUUGGCACACCCUACCAAAGGAGUGUCCGAAGUGCUCCAACGGUUCGAUGGACUUAAGUUCACUUGCGAAUGGAAGUAUGAUGGAGAGAGAGCUCAGAUCCACCUGAGCGAAGACGGCAAAGUUAGUGUAUACAGCAGGAACCAGGAGGACAACACCAGCAAAUACCCGGACAUCGUGGGUCGCCUGCCCUCAUGCCUGGGGUCAGAGGUCAAGAGCUGUGUGUUGGACACUGAGGCGGUGGCGUGGGACUGUGUCAACAAGCGGAUACAGCCCUUCCAAGUGCUCAGCACUCGCAAGAAAAAGGACUGCAAGGAGGAUGAGAUCAAGGUGCAGGUGUGUGUUUACAUGUUCGACCUACUCUACCUCAACGGUGAGCCGUUGGUGCAGCGGCCACUGGCGGAACGGCGGAAAUUGCUCAAAGAGAACUUCCGUCAGGUUGAGGAACAGUUAGUGUUUGCCACCAGUCUGGACACCACCACGAUGGAGGAGGUCCAGGACUUCCUAGAGGAGUCAGUUAAGGGGAACUGUGAAGGGUUGAUGGUGAAAACGCUGGAGAGCGAUGCCACCUACGAGAUUGCUAAGCGAUCCCGGAACUGGCUGAAGCUGAAGAAGGACUACCUGGACGGGGUGGGUGACACUCUGGACCUGGUGGUGGUUGGGGGAUAUUUCGGCAAGGGGAAGCGGGCAGGACUCUACGGAGGUUUCCUGCUGGCCUGUUAUCACCCGGACACGGAGGAGUACCAGUCUGUCUGCAAGCUGGGGACAGGGUUCAGUGACGAGGCCUUGCAGAAGCAUACAGAAACGCUGAAGAAGAUGGUGAUCCCGAGUCCAAGACCGUACUUCCGGUAUGACACCUCGCACGAGCCGGACGAGUGGUUCGACGCCACCGCGGUGUGGGAGGUCAAGUGCGCCGACCUCUCACUGUCUCCUGUCCACCGAGCUGCCGUCGGCAUCGUUGAUCCAGACAAGGGGAUAUCGUUGAGGUUUCCCCGGUUUAUCCGAAUCAGAGACGACAAAACUGCAGAAGAGGCCACCUCAGCGCAACAGAUUGCUGACAUGUACCAAAAUCAAGACCAAAUUAAAAACCAGCAAGGCGACUCAAAUAAAAUCGCAGAAGAAGAUUUUUACUAACCAGAAUGUAAUGUAGUUACUAACGUGUAAGUGUAAAAUAUUUUGUACAUGAAGAACAUAGUUUUAUUUUAAAAAUAUAUACUAUAGUUUAA